UGAGAAGGAAAGAGCGAAAAACUUAGUGAUUGGAUGAAGAAGCAGAAGAAACCUACAGGAAGCUAGCUGAUAGGUAGUCAGAUUAUUUUUAGAUAAACUAUUAUUAAUUUUGUUUAUGAGUUGAUGUUUUUUUUACAAGUUGUUGUUUGUUUUAUCAUAUACAGUGUUGGAUUCAAUACCUUUAUCGAUCAAUUUAAUUCGAGACGUAACGUUAAUCAGAAUAGUUGAACAUGAUGUAGUCUAUAGUGCUAACAUAAUUUACUCCGUUUGCUAUUGGUAACAAAGAUUAGUGAGGUAACGUUAGCUAGAGAUUGUCAUCUAAAAUUAAGGCCAGUUUUGUUACAUGGAUGAAGUCGUGGACCUCAGUCAUUCUAGUCACCGCCUCACUGAUGUCUCUGAUGAAGGUCUCAAAAUUAACUCGACAUCUGAACCUUUCUUGCACUUCACAAACUUUGAGGAAUGGCAGAACCAAGAUGUUUUCAUGAAGGCUAGUAACACUAUAACAAAGAGUGAGAGGUACCAACAGGCUGAACAUGAAUCUGUGGACAGACAGAAAGCCCGGAACUCCUCUUAUGAGUGUUCUUUCUGUGGCAAAGUAUUUGGGAAUACAAAUGCACUGAAUAAACACCUUUUGACGCACCAGUCAGACCGGCCGCACGUCUGUUCCAUCUGCCAGCGUGCAUUUAAACGUCAUGAUCAUCUGACAGGCCACAUGUUGACACACCAAAAGCGGAAGCUGUUUACCUGUGUAGAGCCAGGCUGUCAGCGAAGCUACUGUGACACCCACUCCCUGAAACGCCACUGUCUGUCUCAGCAUGGCGCUCAGCCCAAGCCUAUGCCAUCAGAGAGCACCUCCACCCACUCCGCCCUCCACCCUGCAGCACAGUGGGAAGCCAAGGCCGUGGACGCUCCAAGUGCGCAAAGCAACAGUGACCAAACUGGCUAUCCUACGAUUUACAUUUCCGCCCCAAAAACGGUCAUCCAGACCAACACCCAGUCCGCAAGCUCGGAUUACCACAGCUAUGUUAAUUACAACAACUACUCAGGGUUUUCUAAUGUGGUCAGAGGACUUGGAGUGGGUCAGUUCACGGUUGAGAGCGCCUCUCAAGAGAAGUCCCUGGUAGGCCGGGAUCAGUGGAUCCCAAGAACUGCCAAGAGUGUGUAUGCCAUGAGCAGAGAUGAAGUGGUGACCUCUCAAGAUAUGCAGGGGUCUUCACAGUGGCCCGUGAGUCUGGAGCCAGGGCCGAGUAGUGUCAAUGCAUCAGAGGCUGCAACAGCACAGACUUAUGGGGCGGACAGCCUGAGCGACUCCUGCUGGGAAAACGCGUUGAACGAGUUUCCUGUGACGGACCUCCAGGUCCUCGAUAGCAUCUUGUCAUUACAAUCGUCACGGGAGACGGCCAACUGUCACAACGAGGAAAGGACAGUGUCUUCGGAAGAUUCCAGUCAAGCCAAACAGAGUCCACACACUCACAUAACCCAAGGUCUUACCCAGGUCAAAAAGAUAAAGUCAGAGACGUUGCCUCCGUGGCCCAUCUCUGGCCAUGAAUUUAGCUCAGCAGCAGACCUCCCACCACCUGCCCCACAAACUCAAUUAAGUGUAUUAGAAGAAAUGCAUGCUGUCCCUAAAAUGGCUGACAAGGCCAAAAAGAGAGUACGAAAGAAGAAGAUCACAACUGACGAUGUCCUUCCUUUGCCCAUUUGUCACGAAGAAUCAGUUUCCCGACGUCCACGGUCCCGCCCUGGGUUCCUUAUAUCUCCAAGCCAGGUAGCGAUGGCUUCUUUCAGCUCAGAGAGUGCCCCCUACCUGUCUCUUAAGAAGGGAGGUAGUGUCUCUGUCAUCACACGAGCAGAGGAAGGACAGGAGUCUUGUGAAAGGUCAGACUGUGGAGACCUCUCUGAAGAUAGCUUUUCCUGGGCUCAUCCUGCCUCCUCUAGGGCAGGUGACCAUGUGGACUCUCACUCCCCAGAGUCACCCACCUUUGUUCAGCAUGGUCAAACAGUGGAGACCACUGCUGAUGAACUGUCGGGCUCCCAGUGGUCACCCCAGUAUUCAGAGAAGAAGAGUCUAUCACCCCUGAUCAUCCCUGUAUCCGUACCUGUCACAAAAGGCUCAACGGAGAACAGCAUUCACCAGAGUUUUAUGCUAGCCACUGAAAAAGCAGCUCAGUCGGUAGAGGGAGUGGGAUUGAAAAAGACUCGCCGGCUGGAGUCGCUGAAAACCCUCAUCAUUCCCACCCCCCGUCAGCCCCAGCAGCUGUUAGAGCAGGAGGCCUUGGCCAGCCUGCGGUUCCGUGCGACAGGAUGCUACCUAAGCCAGCUGCGCUCCCCCCCAUACUUGGCUGGCCAGCUGAUGAACCCCGACCUGCAGCUCGCCCCCUACACCCCCCCACCGAUGCUGAGCCCGCUGAGGCCAGGAAGUGGCCUGUACUUCAACAAGCUGCCCCAGCAGCAUCCCUGUCCACCCCUGGCCAAUUCCUUCAUCAGUGCUAUGGACAGAAAAGAUGGCAUCUGUAUGGUAGUGGAUGACACCGUUGUUAGCAUAGAGCCGAGGAUCAACGUGGGCUCACGCUUCCAGGCGGAGAUCCCGCCCUUGCGGAACCGGCUGCUGAUGCUGUAUGAGGAGCACCCCGCCCAGAUCGUCUGGUUACCAUGGGGAGACAUAGCCAGUAAUACAGACACACAAGACAGAGUUACAGAGUUCCUGAACAUGUGUUGUUCCAGUGUUCUCCCAGGAGGGGGAACCAACACGGAACUGGCCCUUCACUGCCUUCAUGAAGUGCAAGGAGAUGUUCUGGCUGCUCUUGAUCUUCUUUUGGUCAGAGGAGAUUAUCGUUCCUCCUCACACCCCUUAAAUGACUAUCACUAUACAGGGUCAGACUUCUGGAGUGCCCAAGAAAAGAGAGUCUUCCGCAAAGCUGUGAUCACAGAGAAUAAGGACUUCCAGCGUAUUCAGAACAUGUUACAGAGCAAGACAGUGUACCAGUGUGUUGAGUAUUACUAUGCCAUGAAGAAACUCAAGAAAUUCAAACAGCGUACUCAAGAAGAUAAGAAGGAAGAAGGUGGACUAGACUCUACAGAGUCGCCUACUGGUCCUGACGACCAGCAGGCCAGCAGAAGGGGGGUGCAGCGUUCCCUGACCAGACAAAGGCCUAUACAGCAGCUGCAGACGGCUGCAGACACAUCUAUGGAGUACACCUGUGAGGAGUGCGGUCGGGGCUUCCAGAAGGUCAGGAGUCGGAGUGCCCAUAUGAAGACCCACCGACACCAGGAGCGGAAUUGCUCCAUGGCAUACAGCUGGCCUGCCUGCAACAGAGACGCAGCCCAACAGGCUAUCCCUGGAGGAGAGCUCCCUGGCACCUCCUAGUCAGACUCGCAGUAACUCAGGAUUCUGCAUUUUUACAACAGCAACACGUUGUAAUAGCGGCCACCCUACAUUAUAAAAGCCACAGAUUUCAAAUUGGCCAGUAAAAUGUUCAGUUCAAAAAUCAUUUUUAAUUUUUUAACAAAAUAUUGAAAAAGAAAAACAAAUGGAAAACAUAUAUAUAUAUAUAUAUAUAUAUAUAACAGAGCAUAAUUCAAAUAUCAUAUAUUUUUAGCUGAGAAUAAGUCAAAUUAAUGUCAAAUUAUGGCUUAUUGUAGCCUUGAAAUUUGGAUUAUUUGGAUAAUUAAAAUGGGCAUGAUAUCCAUUGAAAUGAUAGUGCUUUUAUAUAUAAUGUAGAAUAAGCUGUUGUUCAUUCUGUUAAACAUCAGUUUAGUGUGUAUGUUCUGUUGGGUUGCUGCAUAUGUUGAAUUUGAGUUUAUUUAUUGUAUUUUACUUUUUUAUUUAUUACUUUUCCACUUUGAAUUUAUUUAUUUUUUUUGUUUUUCUGAAAGGAAACGGUUGUACAGAAUUGUGUACGCACAUUUUUUUUUAUAUUGUCAGUCUGAAACUGAAUUUUUAAGUGCUCACAAUUGUUUGACAUUAUUUUUUGGUUGAACAGCACAAUGUUCUUAAUGGGAAAAAUGUAGCAGAUUUCUGGGUGUUGAAAGAUGUUCUUUUGUGUAUGACAGCGUUAACUGUUCUAGUAAAGGAAUUGUUAAGGUGUUGAAAUGGUCUCAGACUGUUAAAUAAAUGUUUUUGUCGGUAA